AUGUAUAGUGACCCAAACCAGCCGGUGCCCCAGGAUACAAAGUUCAUCCACACUAAACCCAACCGCUUCGAGGAGGUGGCCUGGACCCGAUACAACCAGAAAGACCAGCUGUAUCUGCACAUCGGCCUCAAGCCCCGCGUCAAGGAGCACUACAGGGCCAACAAGGUGAACCUUUGGCUGGAGCUGGUCCCACAUCUGCACAGUCUGAACGAGGUCACGCAGCUCAUCCCGACCACCACCAAGGUUCCUCCACCUGAGACGAUCAACCGCAGCCCAAAGCCUAAGAUGCCGGCCCCUAAGCGCUCCAGCCCGACCCCGUUUCCCACAGAGACACAGGGCAGCCACAACCAGCCUCACCUGGUGGACCAGCGUGACUACUCCACAGAGCUGUCCGUCACCAUCGCAGUGGGCGCAUCCCUGCUUUUCCUCAACAUCCUGGCGUUUGCUGCGCUCUACUACAAGAAGGACAAGCGACGGCAUGACGUACACCGGCGCUGCAGCCCCCAGCGGAGCACGGCCAACGACCUGGCGCACACGCAGGAGGAGGAGAUCAUGUCCCUGCAGAUGAAGCAGCACUCGGAGCUCGAGCGCGACUGCCGGGGCGUGGCCGACUCCCUGCACCCUCACGACGUGGUGCUGAGGACUGCCUGCCCGCCGGACUACACGCUCGCCAUGAGGAGGUCUCCGGACGACAUCCCGCUCAUGACCCCCAACACCAUCACCAUGAUCCCAAGCAGCAUGGGCGGCUUGACGUCGCUGCACUCCUACAACACCUACCCCAACAGCGGACAGAACAACACGCUGCCCCACGCACACCCGCACUCACACUCCACCACCCGGGUAUAG